CAUCGCGGGUCAGGUCGGGUAAUACCCGCGGGGCGGGUUGAAAUUGCCAUCACUAACUCUACUAACUACUCUACUAAUUACAAGUUGGGAACUCACUUAGGUGUGAUUCCCCCUAGCUCCUCAAUUAGGCCCAAGUUGCAAGUACCUUUGGUUAAUCUACUGUUGAUUAAACUGCGGAAGAUCCUAAAUUAGCUUGGAAUCUCUUAAGCUGACCAAGCCCUCUUAGAGAGAAUACCCGGCAGGCGACUAGCCUUCACCGGGAUAGACUGCUAAGGCGAUUCACACAGAUCUCCACUACUAGAAUGAAUUCCAGUACAAAGUAGUGAAUUGAUUGACUCUCGCACAACCAAUUCACCACUAUCAAUCAAGGAAGCUCUCUUAACCUAAUAAGAUUCUAUCUAUCAUAGGUUAAAGCAGAAAUCAAGCGAAUUUGAUCAAGAUUCAAUUGACUCAAUAAAUCAUGCCUCAAUCGAUUAUAAUCAAACAAUAUAUCAUCCAAAACUUCAUACAAUAAAGAUCCUAACACAUGGAACUAGGGUUCCUCAAAACCUAAGUGAAGGGAGGUUACUCCAUAGAGAAGAGAGAGACUGCAGAAAUAUGAUCUAGAUCUUCAAUCUCCAUCUCCAAGCUUGAUUCCCGAGAUUCAAUGGCGAAGAAAUCCUCCAAAAUAGCUCCUAGAAUGUUCCCAAGUUGCUCCCUCUCUCUCUAGGGUUCGUCCCUUGGGUGUUUGACUCGACUCUACUGUCACUCCAUGAAUUGGCCAAGUGAAACCACUUCCUAAAGCGUAGUAUAGCGGGUUUGGGUUUAAUUAUCAACCCGGGUCCUAGAUCUGAUGACUACUCAAUGAAUUCUUGUUAUCUAGCAAUGAAACUGGCAUGCAAGUCUAAACUACCAAACAAACAAAGCAAGUAAACUGUUGUAUUCAGGUUAAAGAGGUCACCCGGAUAUGGUUCCCCCUAGACUGCAGUUAAGCCGGAUUGUAAUUACCAAGUUCAGUUUCUAUGAUAGUUAUACUGCGGAAGGUUCUUAAACAGCCUGAAGUCUCGACUAAAGGUCUUCAGACCCUCUCAAUCUGAGUCUCUAGCGGGCGACUAACCUCCACCGGAGUAAACAGAUUGAGGCCCUAAGAACAAAACCUCCACUACCGAAGUGAAUCCGGUACAGAAUAGUGAGUUGGCUCCUCGACUAAAGUCACCAACUCCCUACCUUCAAUCAAGGAUGCUCUAUCAACCUAGGCAGAUAUUCUCAUUCUAGGUUAAAGCAGAAACAACAGGAAUUUGAUCAGGAUUCAAGUCAUUCAAUCAUUCAAACCUCAAUCGAAUAUAAUCAAAUCAUAGAAUCAGUACUUGGGUUCAUACAAUCAAAGCCUAACAUACAAAUCUAGGGUUCUCCAUACCCAGAUGAAUGGGAGAACUACUCCAUAGAGAAGAAAGCAAAAGCAGAAUCAGACACGGAAUUCAUACUGCGAAGGAUGGAUUCCUGCUUCUUGACGUUGAUUGGCACUUCUCCAAGCUCAAGCUGGCCUCCAAUGGUGUUGAAGAUCAAUCUAGGGCACUUGAGAACUCUUGCUUGUCACUUUCUCUCUCUAGAAGUCGUUCUUUCUCUCAAAAACUCGAAUCCUCUUGAGUUGUGGCUGAAAAUCUGCUUAAAAGCAUCAGUGGCCAAAGCACGGUCGAGGGCACGGCCGUGCUUUGCCUGACUCCGCCCGUGCCUCGGCCAGGGCUUAAUUACACGGCCAACAGCUGGUGGAAACACGGUCGUGCUUCGCGUUGGACACGGCCGUGCUUUGACUGAACACGGCCGUGCUUCAGUGCCCGUGUUUGCAGCUGAAUUGGCCAAGCUGAAUUUGUUCUCGGCAUAAAAAGCACGGCCAGCAGUACACGGCCGUGUAAUGCCUUAGGCUGCCCGUGUUUUGGCUCCAGCUCACCGAAAUGACUUCCGAAUGCCCCGAAACUCGCGCUUAGCCUUCCCUUUGACACCUGGGACCUGAAACAUGACAAAAUAGCACAACCCGGCGUAAAAUAGGCCACAACACACGACUAUGCCCCUCAAACGGAUAAGAACUAGGGGCGCAAACAUGUGCAAUUACAUCGUUAUCAGUGUUUGGGAACCAAAACCCAGCUCCAAAAUCACCUCUAGGAUGUGUUCUUUGCACUUUCUCUCUCUAGGACUCUGUAUUCUGGGCGAAUUACGGGCUGAAUUACGGUCGUAAUCAUGGUAUGCACCGUUAAUCGCUCAAAACGCGCGUUUUACUUAACUUUGAGGAAGGGAAUUACGGUCGUAAUUACCCAAUUACUGCCAGUAAUCAUGGAAUUAUGAACGUAGUUACUUUGACUCUUACUCGUAAUUGUCUUUGCGACAGGAAUUCUGAAGAAUUAGGCUCGACAUUGCAUUUACAGGCAAGACAAGAGCAAUUACGACCGUAAUUGGUCAGGGUCUGCCCGUAAUUCUUCCUCCGUCCUUGUUUAAUGCUUCGUUUCUCCCUCGUCCGGACUCCAAAUCAGUCGCCGUUUGAUCCCAGACGCUCGUAGUCUCGUCCUCUUUCUUUUCAUGACAAAAUUCCAUGAUUAUUUUUCCAUAAGAUGAGGUAUAAGUCCAUUAUUCCUCAGGUCAUGCUCGUGUUUCUUCUCCCUAAUUGCCAAAUGAUCUCCAAUUGACUUGAAACUUGCGCCUAUGCUUCACUUUAUGUGCUAGGACCUGAAAUAUGACAAAGGAACACAACCUAGCGUAAAAUAGGCCAAAGGCGCGACAAUUAAAGCUCAAACAGUCAAGAAACAAAGGGGAAAACAUGUGCAAAUAUCGAGUCAUCAAAUCCCCCCACACUUAACUGUUUGCUUGUCCCCAAGCAAACCAAGUCAGAUACAAGGUAAUCUCAACACAUUUCAAUCAUGAAACCCUUGGGGACAUAUCUUAUAGGCACGAAACACAGGAAUCAUACUAGCUUUUAGACAUCAACAUAUGAACAACUUCAACAGCAACCUGGACGACCACCACAGAGGACAUUCGAGUGCAGCAAAAUCGGUAAAGGAAGAGUCUCCCUUCUGUUCACCAACCAACCUAGACUUGACUCGACCACUUAUUCAAGACAUUCAGCUCAUGCAUAAAACUCAAGACAUCAGAAUCAAGAUCCAGCCAUCUAGGUCCUCACCAGGGUAAAGAGUGCAAAGAACAAGGAAAUGAAUCGUUCAAUCUCGACCAGUGGGGUCAGGACAAUUUGAUGCGAAAAAUGUGCAUACUUAUUAUCUCAAUCCCUAACGUCUCUUCACCAUGACGGCCACUCUAAAUGUAAGAGUUCACAAAAAUGGGUGUCAUCACUAACUAAUCCGAAGGUCUUAGACACAGGUUCAAAUGACUGGCUAGGGUCUUGGACAUGGGGAAAAGGCCUUUUAGGUGGUGGAAGUAUUCAUAGCACAAGGUUCCACAGUUCCAAACCCAACACAAUCACAGCCAAUCAAACCAGCAACUUUCUUUCUGCUAUUCUGCAUUACUCGAGUUCUUUAGAGCACAAGAGCGAAGGAGGUCACAUAAAUGCUAGUAUUUCCAAGCCAGACUACUAAGAAACACUACUUAAUGGG